AUCUGUAAGUACAAAAUAUUUUGUCCGUAUUGCUCCUGUUCGUUUCAAUUUACAUACGGCGCGGAAUGCCUCCAUCUUAUCUUUGUUUUAGUGAAUAAACGUAAACAUAUUCGACAUAAUAAGAUAGUUGUGGCUUUCAAACAAAUCUUAUCUUUAACGAUUAUUUCUAAUAAACACUGGAUAAAAGAUGACGGACACUGUGAAUAUGUCACUAGAUGAGAUUAUAAAACAGAAUAAACAAAAUCAAGCUAGCAGAGGAGGUGGAACAGUCCGUGGUCGUGGCGGUGGACGAGGAGGGCGCCGAGGACGUGGUGGACGUGGUGGAGCCGCCCGGCGAGGACGCUCGCAGUCACGGCCUGGAACACCUAAUAGUCAACAACGUUCUAGUCGAUCACGUUCUCGUUCACGAGGACCUCGAGGCCAAGCACAGACCCGCGGUAGAUCUCAGUCUCGCAAUAGAUCAAGAUCCCAACAACGUCGACGAUCAUUUUCACGAGGGCGAUCUGCUUCAAGAUCGCGUUCACAAGUUCGAGGUCUUACUCCUAAAGGCAGAGCAGGUCUAGAAAUUCAACAAUAUGAAAUGCCACCUUUGCUUAGACGUAACAACAGAAUAAACAGAGGUGGAUUUCAAAUGAGGCUUAGAAGAUCAAACUCUAUGACAAACUUGCAAGGAGGAGUUCACAGUAGACUGGGAGUAGUUGGUAAAAAAGGCAAUACAAAUAGCAGCUUUAAACCAUUAGCAGUUGCAAAGAGAGGAAUUGCAAAGCGAGGUCGUGGUUUUACUACUCGAAACAAAUAUAGCAAUGUAGGUCUUCGUUCUGAUUUAAUACUACAAGAACAACGACAAAACGUUAUCAGAUCUCAGACCUUUACUCGUUCUAGAAAUAAUUCUAUAGGUUCUACAUCUCAACUUACAGUUAGUGUAGCUAAUGAUUUUGCUAAGAGGCGUAGAAAUAGUUUUGGAAAUGCAAAUUAUUUGAACAAGCAAAGUUUGGCACAACUCAAUAAUGAAUAUGGAGGAUAUCGCAAAAGAGGUGGAGCUGGAAGUGUAAAAUCAAUAGGAUCAAAUAAAUCAAACAGAAGUAAUUCUAGCAAAAGAUCUACACGGUCAAGAGGAAGGGGAAGGGGACGGGGAAACAACCGAGGUGUCGGGAGAAAAUUUAUUAAUAAACAAGUUUUGAAUCCUCGAUUACAGCAGGAAAUUGCAGCUGUUCAGGGAAAAGUUUAUGGUAGCAGUGAUACAGAAUCUCCUUCUGGAUUCAAUUUUACACCAACUCCAGCCACUACAAAGCAGACAAUGCACCAGCGCUUUGCUACUGCCUAGACAUUGACAAAAAAAAUACUGUGACAACAAGGCACUACAUAUUGGACUUGGCUCUUUUUUCUAACCAUAGCUAUAAGCCGACUUUAUUUUCUGAUAUAACUACCAAUGUAAAUUAUAACAGAAGAGUAAUAGAGGUAGAUUUAUACCUUGUUUAAAUUAAUCCUGUAUUUGAAACAUACUAGCAUUUAACAGUAUUAUGUUGACAUUAAAAUUUUGUAAACAUUGCAUUUGGUUAUAAUAUCUAUCAAAUAUAUUUAUUAUUACAUUACUUAAGUACAAUUUAAAAACAGUUUCUAGUUUUCUUAGGUUUAAGAGGCAAAAUUUCUAUUGUUUAUAAAUAUUUUUUGUUACUUAUAAUAUAGUGUGAAAAUAAAAGUUCAUUUAACUUAUA